AAACUACCGUCUCUCAUUCUGCGCGAACCUUACUUGUUCUUUCGACCUCGAGUCAAGUCUCGUCAAAGACAUUUACCGGUUUUAGACCUAUUAUCGAGUAGAUCAGAAUUGUUCAGUUUGGGCGACUCGGGCCUUUGGAGUCCUACACCGUAGCUGGCUUCAAAGUGGAAGUAUACGAUUACCACCGGCCCUGUUCAUGCCCUUGGGUGCGGUUCAUCAGCGAGCUCUCGGGAGCGAGACCGAAAGCUGGGCAUAAACUCCACCACACAUCGUCAAGGAAUAGAGCUCCAAGGCGAGUGUGUUGAAGAGAGGGACUGUAGGGUCGACCGCCCUUGGCAGCAAUUUCAUAUUAUUUGACUCUGGACGAGCAACGGCAACCAUGAUUUCUCACACGCUGAGGAUGCCAAAGGCAAGGAAGAUGGCCUUCACCAUCAGGCGGUACUCGACUGCCAUGGCCAUCACCGAUCCUCUCGUCAAAUACCGAACGCUGGUAUCAACCAAAGUCCUCUCACCAGAUCAAGACCAACAUAGACUGGCAAUCCACCUACAGAAGCUCUACGGCCGUCUCAAAGACUACGCCCCCGAAGUGGACUACCGUGAGCGCCUAAAACAAGUGGCCGAUAUACCAGAAGCCCGCGACCCAGAAGAAGCCGCCGCGACGCUGGCUAUGCCGAGUCACCCCAUCUGGGACAACCCGCUCUUCAAACACCUCGCCCGCAAGGCCAUGCUGGACACAAAGGAGACGGACCCAAUGGCCCUGGUCCACGUCAUGACCAGUCUGGAGGGCGCCAUCACCAUCAACUCACCUAGAGGUCUCUUUCUAUCCGGAGAGGUCGGUGUGGGUAAGUCAAUGUUGAUCGACCUCCUAGCACAGGGCCUACCGACGGAGAGGAAACGUCGGUGGCACUUCAACACCUUCAUGCUCUACACCUUCUCGCAGCUGGAAAAGUUCCGCCAGUCCCACACAGAGCUGGACGGGAACGAAAAGGAGUACGCCAUGCUGUGGUUGGCCAAGAAGCUCGUAGAAGAGUCUCCCAUUCUGUUCCUCGACGAGUUUCAGCUGCCUGAUCGCGCGGCAAGUAAGAUUCUCAGCCACCUAUUCAUCGCCUUUUUCCACCUCGGUGGUGUACUCAUCGCUUCGUCCAACCGUGUGCCCGAGGAACUGCAGAAGGCCAUUGGCAUCGAGUACACUGUCCCUCCUUCUGACGGGUUCCUCAAGAGUCUUUUCCUUGGCGGAGCUCGCUCGCGGGGAACUCGUCAUAGCCAGAACGACUUUGCCGCCUUUCUUGAAGUGCUAAAGGCCCGCUGUGACUUCUGGCACAUGGACGGAGCCACUGACUGGAGACGUCGGGAGACUGAAGUGAAGGUCGCUGUGGAUGCCAUAUCUAUUGAGGGAACGGGACUAGCGGCGGAACCUGCAGAUGCUCAAGAGGAAACACCCAAAGAAGCAACAAAACCAGCAAAGUACUUCUUGACCCCUGAGACCUCGGAAUGGUCAUCAGAGCUGUCAGACCACCUCUCCCAACCCUGGAGCCCGGCAACACUCACGGUCUAUGGCCGUACAAUCCCUGUUCCGCGUCAACGAGACGGCGUAGCCUACUGGGACUUUGACGCCCUCGUCGCGACCUUUGGCCCGGCGGACUACGUGACCAUGGCAUCAACGUACCACACCUUCAUCAUCGACAACGUCCCCACCAUGACCACGCUCCACAAAAACGAGGCCAGGCGCUUCAUCACCCUCCUCGACGCCCUCUACGAAGCGCGCUGCAAGCUCUUCGUCCGCGCCCAGACCGGCCCCGACGACCUAUUCUUCCCCGAUAUCCGCGCCGCGCAAGCAGAAAUGGCCGCCGCCGCAGAGGCGGCAGCAGCAGCCGCAGCAUCCGGGGAGGAAGUUGUCUCCUCGGACGCAAUCUACUCCGAGACCAUUGCCGAAGUCUACCAAGACUCCGCAGCCCCCUUCCGCCCCAACAUCUCGUACUACGACACCGACGCUCCGACCUCGAAGUACGAUCCGGACCAGGACUCGGAUUUUGGCCGCGCCGGCAACGUCAGUAGUAGCAACACGACGAGCCCUAACUUUAGCAACACUGCUGGCUUCAUCGGCGAAGACGAGCGCUUCGCGUACCGCCGCGCUGCGAGCCGGCUGUGGGAGCUCUGCAGCGCCGCGUGGCACGCCAGGGGCAGCAGCAGUGGUGACCCCUCGGAGUGGUGGACGCCCGUUCCGCGCACCGCGCGGCACUGGGAGGACUCGGCGCCGUCCAAGCCCAAGCGAGACGAGCCGCUAUUGCCACGAAGGCAGAGCGACGCUGUCAUGGGCCCGUCGAGGCCCGUUGACGAGCCGUUUGGGACGGAUAAGCUCGUCAUUGAGAGGUGGACGGCUCUGGAGGAGGCUGAGCGUCGGCGUGAAAAGUCAGCUUCGUCUUCGCCUUCUUCUUAGGAUAGCGGUCGUCUCUAGAGUUUGAUUUUGGUUGCUUUUUGUACAUGAGCAAUGGAGGGCAGUUGGAGUACGAGGAGCAGGCGGGAGACAAGUUCCGUUGGAUGAUCUUGCUCUGUUCUUUGUCUCUUUGUGUCCCUUUUUCCAUCGUCUUGGUUUUGAGAUUUAUCGCAUUUGAGAGUGCCAUCUCACGGAGCGUAGCAUAGCAUUUUGGCGGUGCUGGAUUUAGCAUACGUCGCUUAGACGACGUCGAGACCUUUGAGUCUUCAUGAUAGAUAUCUUACAGUACCGGUAUCACCCAGUG